AAAGAAAAUGUCACACCGAAUUUCCCGCCGGCCGGUGGCUAAUUUGUAAGCAAAAAUUAAGCACAAAAAAUAAAUAGAAAUUUAAAGAUAGCAAAUACAGAAUUGCAGAAAUCAGCGGGAGUGCGUGAUCGAAUCGAUCAUCGGUUCAUCACCUCCCCUCCCUCUCUCUCUCCUCCAUGAUAUCUCUCUCCCUCCUCUGCCUCCUCUCCCGAUCGUUUCCGAGAGAGAACGAUCCCACGCAGCUAGCUCCCAAUCAGAGAAGCUAGCUGAGCUAUAAUUCCCCCACCCUUCCCUCCUACCUGGCUUUUGACGAUGGAUGCGAGGCCGUCUCCGUUGUCGUUGAAGAAGGUGGGGAGCGGACGGUCCGAGGUUAGCACGGUGAGCGGAUUGCUCGGACUCGGAGGCGGAGAAGAUCAGAGAAGCUCGUUGCCGUCGCCGUCAUCGUCGGCGUCGUCGUCGAUGUUUGAGUAUUUCGGAUGGGUGUAUCAUUUGGGCGUGAACUCCAUUGGCCACGAGUACUGCCACCUCCGGUUUCUCUUCAUCCGCGGCAAGUACGUCGAGAUGUACAAGCGAGACCCCCACGAGAACCCCGGCAUUAAACCGAUUCGUAGAGGCGUCGUGGGCCCCACACUCAUGCUGGAGGAGGUCGGGCGUCGGAAGGUCUACUACGGCGACGUUUAUGUUCUUCGUUUUUUCAAUCGUUUGGAGGAAUCGAAAAAGGGAGAAAUUGCUUGUGCUACCGCUGGAGAAGCCCAAAAAUGGCUGGAGGCCUUUGAUCAAGCCAAGCAACAGGCUGAGUUUGAGCUGUCAAGAGGAGGUAGUGCCAGAAACAAACUGAAUAUGGAGACCGAGCUCAAUCUUGAUGUCCAUCGACCUAGAGUAAGGCGCUAUGCAAGUGGAUUGAAAAAGCUUAUAAGGAUUGGGCAAGGACCAGAGACGCUUUUGUGCCAAUCCUCAAGCUUGGGUGCAAAUGGUAGCACGGAUGGAUACUUUGAGAGGGACAUUGGUGAUGCAGUUGAGGCAUAUAAAUGGAAAUGUGUGCGAACAAUUAAUGGUGUUAGAAUAUUUGAAGAUGUUGCUAACUCUGAGAGUGGUAAAGGUGUUAUUGUCAAGGCUGUUGCUGUUAUCGAUGCAAGUGCAGAUACUGCUUUCGAAGUGCUUUUAAACCUUGAACGACAUCAGAGAUAUGAGUGGGAUAUGCUGACAGGUGACUUGGAGCUGUUAGAUUCUUAUGAUGGGCACCUUGACGUUGUAUAUGGGACAUUUGAUCCUAGGUAUCUUACUCGGUGGCAUUCUAAGAGAGAUUUUAUCUUUUCUAGGCAAUGGUUUCGCGGACAAGACGGAACAUAUACAAUUUUGCAUUUCCCUGCUGUUCAUAAGAAGAAGCCUCCAAGAUCCGGAUAUCGACGUACAAAAAUAAAUCCAUCGACUUGGGAGAUUAGAAAUUUGAACACAUCCAUGGGUUCAAAUACUCCAAGAUGUCUUGUCACUCAAAUGUUGGAGAUAAAUUCCGCGGGCUGGUGCAGAUGGAAGAAAAAUCACUGCUCAAAGUUUGAAAAGAGUGUACCCUAUGCAUUGUUGUGCCAAGUAGGAGGUUUGAAGGAAUAUAUUGGAGCAAAUCCUGCACUCAAAUUUGAAACUUCCACUACAGUUAUUCAAUCGAAAGUAUCUGAAGUUUCCGUUUCCACUGCUGAAUUUGAAGAGUCAGAAGUCAAGGAUGAGUUUUAUGAUGCAAUGUCUGCAGACUCUUCAUCUUCUGACGAAGAACUUGACCAGAAGGAUGCAAAAUUGAGCUUGAAGCGAACCUCAGCUGCAGAUGCUACUAAUAAGGAACUGGAUUCCGAAGUGGCUCCUGUCAUGAUUGAUACAAGCCAGUUACAUGGUACCUUGCGCACCGGGAAGGAUGACACUGACACAAACUGUUGGACAUCUCCAAGCGGUACGGGAUUUAUGAUCAGGGGAAAGAACUACCUAAAGGACAAUUCUAAGGUAAUGGGAGGAGAUCCCCUUCUCAAGCUCAUAGGAGUAGAUUGGUUCAAAGUUGAUAAAACUAUAGAUAGGAUUGCACUCCAUCCACGGAGUCUUCUUCAGUCAGAGGCUGGGAAGAAGCUUCCAUUUGUACUAGUCAUUAAUCUCCAGGUUCCCGCAAAACCAAACUAUAGUUUGGCACUUUACUAUGCUGCUGACAGACCUGCAAAGCCAAAUUCUUUGUUUGCUCAAUUUGUGGAUGGGACUGACAUGUUUCGCGAUGCAAGAUUUAAAUUAAUUCCUAGUAUUGUCGAGGGAUAUUGGAUGGUCAAGCGUGCUGUUGGAACAAAAGCGUGCCUAUUGGGGAAAGCUGUGACUUGCAAGUAUUUCAGACAAGACAAUUUUCUUGAGAUUGAUGUGGAUAUUGGAUCAUCAUCCGUAGCGAGGAGUGUCAUUGGACUUGUCCUCGGUUAUGUCACGAGCAUAGUGGUUGACCUUGCAAUUUUGAUAGAGGGAAAAGAGGAGGCGGAGCUGCCCGAGUACAUACUCGGGACUGUUCGGCUGAAUCGUCUUAGGCUCGACUCUGCUGUUCAUUUGAAGGUUUGAUGUUGCUGUAUUUCGACCUCCGUCAAAGCAAUCGCUUUGACGGGGUCGUUAUUUUUCCACUCUUUAUAAGUGCAGACCUUCACCAGGGGUUUUGUUUCCGUUACAGUCUAAUGUAAAAUAAAAACAUUUAAUCGACUGUCUCCACAGCUUAUAUAUAAAAGGAAUGCAAAGAUGGAUGGCCGUUGUCUUCUUCUUCCGUUUGAUUUC